CGGGCUUGCUUCCUCGGGCGGGGUGCGUGUGUGUCCAGAGGCGCCAUGGAGAGGAUCCUUAUCCGCGGGGGGCGGGUGGUGAACGCGGACUGCUCGGAGGAGGCGGACGUCUUGGUGGAGGGCGGCCUGGUGCGGGCGGUGGGGCCCGGGCUCCGUCCCGCCUCAUCCGCGGGGCUGCGGGUGGUGGACGCCGCCGGCCUCCUGGUCCUGCCCGGGGGCGUCGACACCCACACCCACCUCCAGUUCCCCUUCAUGGGCACCCAGUCCAAGGACGACUUCUUCCAAGGCACCAAGGCUGCUCUAGCCGGAGGCACCACAAUGGUCAUUGACUUUGCAAUACCCCAGAAAGGUGGCUCCCUCAUUGAAGCUUUUGAGAAGUGGAGAGGCUGGGCAGAUCCUAAAGUUUGUUGCGAUUACGCACUGCAUGUGGCAGUUACCUGGUGGAGUGACAAGGUCAAAGAAGAGAUGAAACUUCUUGCCCAGGAAAAAGGAGUCAAUUCUUUCAAGAUGUUUAUGGCCUAUAAAGAUCUCUACAUGGUGGGAGACCCAGAAUUGCAUGCAGCCUUUUCUCAGUGCAAAGAAAUUGGAGCAAUUGCUCAGGUCCAUGCAGAGAAUGGGGACUUGAUUGCAGAGGGUGCAAAAAAAAUGUUAGCCCUAGGAAUAACUGGUCCCGAGGGGCAUGAACUGAGUCGCCCAGAAGAAGUGGAAGCAGAAGCCACCCAGAGAGCAAUCACCAUUGCCAGCUCAGUGAACUGUCCUCUCUUUGUAGUUCAUGUGAUGAGCAAAUCUGCGGCCAAGGUGAUUGCAGAUGCUCGGAGGCAAGGGAAAGUUGUAUAUGGAGAACCGAUAGCUGCUGGUCUUGGGUUAGAUGGCACUCACUAUUGGCAUAAGGAAUGGCAUCACGCUGCAGCCUAUGUCAUGGGCCCACCAUUGAGACCAGAUUCAACUACUCCAGACUUCCUCAUGAACCUUCUAGCAAAUGGCGACCUAACUGUGACAGGGACAGAUAAUUGCACCUUUGAUAUCUGCCAGAAGGCUUUGGGGAAGGAUGAUUUCAGAAAGAUUCCAAAUGGACUAAAUGGUCUGGAGGACAGGAUGUCCGUUAUUUGGGAAAAGGGAGUGCAUAGUGGCAAAAUGGAUGAAAAUAGAUUUGUAGCAGUUACCAGCACAAAUGCAGCUAAAAUCUUUAACAUGUACCCAAGAAAGGGAAGAAUUGCUGUUGGCUCUGAUGCUGACAUUGUUAUCUGGGACCCAAAAGCUACAAGAACCAUUUCAGCAAAGACCCACCACCAUGCUAUUGAUUUCAAUGUCUUUGAAGGAAUGGUCUGCCAUGGAGUACCAGUUGUGACCAUUUCACGAGGCAAAGUGGUUUAUCAAAAUGGAAUGUUCAAUGUUACAGCUGGAGAAGGAAAAUAUAUUCCUCGUGAACCAUUCCCAGAAUAUGUCUAUAAACGGAUCAAGCAGCGUGAUCAGGUCUGCCAGCCUGUUCCUGUGAAACGAGCACCUUAUGUGGGAAAAGUGAUUUCACUAGCUACAGUGCCAAAAUGAAUGCCAUGAUCCCAGUGAUCUUCUGCAGGUCAAAGACAGAUGAAAAUGAUUCUGGUGCUCUGCUUUUAUGAUCUGUUUUGGAAUUACCUUACCUUGUGAUUUUAUUUCAAUGCUGAAGAUUUCUUGGUGAUUUACUAGUUUGGCAAGAUAGUUUUGAUUAUCUUAAUGUGUAAGUGGUGUUUCUUUCUCUGUUAUUUUAUAAAUAGCUCUAUCUUCAAAACAAAAAAGAUAAUUCUCUUUCCUGUGGAUAAUCCACUCUAACAUCUUCUAAAAACAACUGUGAUGUUAUAUGAAGACAAAAAGAUGCCACAUUCCAGACCCAUAUCAUGAACAAGAUGACAUACCUGAAAUUAAUGAAUGGAUUCGCAUUCCACAAGAAAUGUGUCAAGAAUGUGUCUAUAACAAUAUGAUAAAACUAUAACAUAAUGA